GAAAACAUUUAUUUCGAUUACAUUUUCAAUUCGAGAUAUAUGAUUAAGUUUUGAAGAAAUUUAUAUAUUUUUAGAUACUUUUCUUACCUUUAUGUUUUGAAAUCCAUUGUAAACUAAGAUUUUUCAAAUAUUUGCCAACCGGAAGUUUGUGUGCUGUCUGUAGAAACAGCAACGCCAAGAAUUUUUGUUUGGCGCCUUUACGGGGCCGGUCGAACAAAAACGACUGUUUUCUCUAAUCUUCAUUUAGUUAUUUGUAGUGUGUUUUGUACAAAAUGGGUGAUAAAGGAGAUGGAGAAACAUUCGACGACGCGGUUGAAGAAAGAGUGAUAAACGAGGAGUACAAAAUAUGGAAGAAGAAUACUCCAUUUCUGUACGACUUGGUGAUGACACACGCCCUGGAGUGGCCCUCCCUGACGGCCCAGUGGCUUCCCGAUGUUACCAGACCGGAGGGCAAGGAUUAUUCGGUUCACAGGCUAAUUUUGGGCACACACACAUCAGAUGAACAGAAUCAUCUACUCAUCGCCAGUGUUCAACUGCCAAAUGAAGAUGCACAGUUUGAUGCAAGCCACUAUGACAAUGACAAAGGAGAAUUCGGCGGCUUCGGCUCUGUGUCCGGUAAAAUCGACAUAGAGAUAAAGAUAAACCACGAGGGCGAGGUGAACCGCGCGCGCUACAUGCCGCAGAACCCAUGCGUCAUCGCCACCAAGACACCGUCCUCCGACGUGCUCGUGUUCGACUACACCAAGCACCCGUCCAAGCCUGAACCCUCGGGGGACUGCCAUCCUGAUCUGAGACUGCGUGGUCAUCAAAAAGAAGGUUAUGGUCUGUCUUGGAAUCCAAACCUUAAUGGAUACCUCCUGUCAGCAAGCGAUGACCACACAAUAUGCCUAUGGGACAUAAACGCGACGCCGAAGGAGGGCCGCGUGAUCGAGGCCAAGUCCGUGUUCACGGGACACACCGCCGUGGUGGAGGAUGUCGCGUGGCAUCUCCUGCACGAGUCUCUGUUUGGAUCGGUGGCAGAUGACCAGAAACUCAUGAUCUGGGAUACAAGAUGUAACAAUACAUCAAAACCAUCGCACACAGUGGACGCGCACACCGCCGAAGUAAACUGUCUCAGUUUCAACCCAUAUUCGGAAUUUAUACUGGCUACGGGCAGUGCCGAUAAAACCGUGGCGCUGUGGGACCUGCGCAACCUCAAACUGAAGCUGCACUCGUUCGAGUCGCAUAAGGACGAGAUCUUCCAAGUGCAGUGGUCACCGCACAACGAGACCAUCCUGGCCAGCAGCGGCACCGACAGGAGACUGCACGUAUGGGAUCUGUCGAAGAUCGGCGAGGAGCAGACUGCGCGAAGAUGCCGAGGAGACGGCCCGCCCGAGCUGUUGUUCAUACACGGCGGACACACCGCUAAGAUAUCCGACUUCUCCUGGAAUCCCAACGAGCCCUGGGUCAUUUGUUCUGUUUCUGAGGAUAAUAUUAUGCAGGUAUGGCAGAUGGCGGAGAACAUCUAUAAUGAUGAGGAGCCGGAGACGCCCGCGUCGGAGCUGGAGUCCGGUGUUAACGUGAACCACGGCUAGCCUUCGCCCCCCUCUGCCGCUCACUUCACCACCACAACCGCCACCCGCUCGCCCACGCGUUACGCCACGCCAGACACCACGCUACACAUCGACAACUGACCAUCCACCACACCACUCAUACAAAUGGAAAAACUGCAUCAGUUGUUAGUCUCUUUUCAUAAGUGUAAAUGUGACAGCUGCUAACAGGUACACUUCGGUCGUUUUGAACUUUUCUCAUGUCGUCAAGGCUAUUUUUAGAGACGAAAUUUCGAGUAAGAGAAGGGCCUAUUUAAGCCAGCUAAAGUGGAUGGGCCGUAUUUGCAAGAGGGUGUCCACAGUAGUAUCCAAAAAAUCACUGCAUGUUUAAAACUAUGAAAACAUAACUUGAAACUAGUGCACAGUUUUCUCGAUUUCAUUAUGAUUUAUUUAUAUCCAAUUCAAUUAUGCUACAUAAAGUAUUUUUAUUUAGUUAUUACAUUUUUGAUGGAGACGGCGUAUGUAUGCUAUAAACAUACUGUGUCGAACACACGAGUGUGGUCUUGCGGUUGUCUCAAUCCAUAAACUAUACUAUGUUUAAGUCGAAAGGUUUCAUUAGAACCAACUUUUUGUAACGGCCCGUAGCAAAAUAAAGAUCUCGAACACAAUUUUACAUUUUAAAUAAUCUACCUUUUUCAUUACACAACGUCACGCUGUUUA